CCCCAUGUCGAAGCUUGAAAGGAACAAUUUCCUGCCGUCGGCGGCAUAUUCGAGCCUCCAAUCGGAUCCAAGCAAGCAUAUUCAUCUUGCUUCUCUCCCAUUUCAGUCUUCGAUCUGCAUAAAUAAGUGUAUAUAUAGUGAUGAAUGAGACGAGCGUUGCUUUGAUCCUUCGACCAUGAGAGGGAUGAACGGAUUAGAGAGCUCUUCGUCUUUAUCGCCGUCGUUAUCGAGCCCUUACUUCCCCGUCUUGCACAACUACCCGCUGAUCUCGGCCAUCCUCGCCUUCGCCAUCGCCCAAUCCAUCAAGGUCUUCACCACCUGGUAUAAGGAAAGACGCUGGGAUGCCAAGCAGCUUAUUGGAUCUGGUGGGAUGCCAUCAUCCCAUUCAGCAACAGUGACAGCACUAGCAGUAGCUAUUGGAAUUCAAGAUGGCUUGGGUAGUUCUGCUUUUGCUACAGCAACGAUGUUUGCAUCUGUGGUAAUGUAUGAUGCUUUUGGUGUUCGACUGCAUGCUGGAAAGCAGGCAGAGGUAUGUAAUAACAUCAUGGCUUUCAAAAGUUUCCUUUUCAGUAUCCCUUGCGAUCAUAGUAAUGUUAGGGCCAACAUGAUACAAAAAGUGGCCAGAGUCUCACUAACUUUGAGCUAGACUAUAAGCAUCUGU